CUCAAUCAUUCGAAGUUCGGUGCCUGCACAUUACGGUCGCUAUUUCGCUAGGCAGGGCGGCGCGAGUGUGAAAAAUUCAAAGUCCAAAUUGAAUCAUUCAUUGUGCUGUAGUAGUUUCGGUGGUGGUUACGUGGCUUCGCAAAGCCCCCUCAGAGACCUUUCCAAUAUCUUGCACGUUUUUCGGUGAACGAAGGCAGACACCGGAGUACCAGGUGCAGAAAAAAUCCACCUAAAAAUGGCGUCAAUACUGAGAAAAUCUAGCCUGCUGUUGGCCGAUCUGGCAGCGAAAUCUUCACCGCGGGUUCUGGCCACUGGAGCCCAACACAGAAACCUGAACGUGCAGGAACACAUUUCGUACACCUUCCUGAAUGAAGCCGGCAUCCCGACACCCAAAUUCGGUGUUGCCAAAUCGGGUGCGGAAGCCGAACAAAUAGCCAAGGAUCUGAACACUAAGAAUCUGGUCCUGAAGGCCCAGGUACUUGCCGGUGGCCGCGGUAAGGGCACCUUCAAAAAUGGUCUUAAAGGCGGAGUGCGAGUCGUUUUUUCACCAAAGGACGCCAAAGAAAUCGGUGGCAAAAUGAUCAACCAACUGCUGGUUACUAAGCAGACCGGAGCGGCCGGUCGCAUCUGUAACUCGGUUAUGGUGGCCGAGCGAAAGUUUCCCCGACGUGAGUUCUACUUUGCCGUCAUGAUGGAGCGUGCCUUCAAUGGUCCGGUGCUGAUUGCCUCGUCCCAGGGUGGCGUGAACAUUGAAGAAGUCGCUGCUGAAAACCCGGAUGCAAUCAUUUACGAACCCAUCGACAUUAAGGCUGGCUUACAGAAGGAGCAAGCUAUUGCGAUCGCCAAAAAAGUCGGUCUGGAAGAGCAUGCAGAUGAAACUGCCAAGAUGUUGCUCAACAUGUAUGAUCUGUUCGUCAAGAAGGAUGCCUUGCUGAUCGAAAUCAACCCAUAUGCUGAAGAUGCUGGUGAAACUUACUUCGCCCUGGACGCCAAGAUGCGCUUCGACGACAACGCCGAGUUCCGCCAGAAGGAUCUCUUCGCCAAGCGUGAUCUGAGUCAGGAGGACAGCAAAGAGGUCGAAGCCUCCAAGUUCGACCUGAACUACAUCGCGCUAGACGGAUCGAUCGGUUGUCUGGUCAACGGUGCCGGUCUGGCCAUGGCCACCAUGGACAUCAUCAAGCUGCACGGUGGCGAUCCAGCCAACUUCCUGGAUGUUGGCGGUGGCGCCAGCGUUAAGGCCGUCAAGGAAGCCUUCAAAAUCAUCACCUCCGAUCCGAAGGUGCAUGCCAUUUUAGUCAACAUUUUCGGCGGUAUUAUGCGAUGCGACGUGAUUGCUGAAGGUAUUAUUCAAGCCACCAAGGAGCUGAACAUCAAGAUGCCCAUCAUCGUGAGAUUACAGGGAACCAACGUUAACGAGGCGAAAGAUUUGAUCAAGAAAUCCAAACUGCGUAUCCUGGCCAAGGACGAUCUGGACGAAGCCGCUAUGCUGUCGGUUCAUCUGUCGCAGAUUGUGCACCUAGCUCGAGAAGCCCAUCUGGACGUUAGCUUCGAACUGCCCGAAAGUUACCAUCACUAAGUUCCCUAAAUUGCUGUAGUUUGAGCUCCAAACCAAACAAGUAAUGAUCGGUUUAUUUAUUUUGAUAUUGAAUCAUUUUCCCACUAGCAGUGGGCAGUGCUAAAUUGACGAUUGUUUCUUCUAAACUUGAAACAAGAAACUCAAAAUCAAAAAUAAAAUAUGUUGAAAUUAACCGUAACAUCUCAAAUACGCGCGUUAUCCCUUGAAAAGAGAGCUUAUUUAUUUUAGAUUCGAACAAAGCUUGUUCGCGUUUCAGUUAUCUGUGUAAGUUAGCUAAUUUAUCCAAACAACAAAUUAAUAAAUAAAUGCUCGUACGAACGUUAUACAAACUUGUCAUCUAUUCUCCGAGGAAAACACCUUUUGCACUAGAAUAAUUUCGAAAGAAACACUGAACUAUUCGAAGUUUAACUACUAAGUGUGUGUAAAAUGCACCCCAAAGUUUAUUGCACAACAUUGUCGAAGUCUAUUUCAUGAGUGGAAAGUAAAUAUAAGAUAAUGAUGCUGGUUAAUAUCAUAAUUUUUAUCUUUGCGUCGUUAAAAGUAUCAGAUGGAUAUUUUUAAAAUGUUUCUUGAACCAGUUCAACAAUUUUUUUUUCAAUUGUUUAAAUAUACAAAAAAAUUAUUGUGCAAUGGCAUACUUCUUAGUAGCUGUAUGUUACUAUGUUUCCUAAAUUACAAUUACGAGCUAGGGAAAAAUAUACGCCUUUGGAAAACCCGUUAAUCCAAGAACUGAAACAGAUAUAUACUGAUAUAAGGUACGAACAUGAAGAGAAAAAGAACAUCUAUACAUCGACCAGGAAACUUUGAACACGCUCGCGUCGCAAAUGUUUUGAAAAUUGCCAGUGCAAACUAGUUACUGACGAAGGUAAUCAUAGUAAAAUAAAUAAAUAAAAGCAACUGAAAGUUGAUUGAA